AUGAGUAAAAACCUGACAGUUUUGUUUGCACCGAUCAAUUUGGUCGGACCAGUAAAUGCCUCCAUAGGUAUCGCUCAAGUAUUACAACAUUUCGGACAUCGGAUUGUAUUUGCUGUAAGAAGUGAAUGGAAAGGCAAACUUGCAAUUCAUAAUUUUGAAGAAGAAAUUAUUGGAACAAAUGUGAACAAUGACGGCGAGGGAUCCGCUAAACAAAAUGUUGAAGACUUUCAAUCAUUGUUUGGCAAUAAGUCACGUCUGGAGAAACUCAAGUGUGUUAACAAAGAUAUAGUUUCUCAUCUGUUUCAAGAAGUUCAAGAAAAUGAACCAUUUUUAGAGGACAUCGUCACUCGUAUUAAACCCGAUGUUAUUAUUGCCGAUCAAAUAAGUCUUAUCCCAUCACUUAUGUGUUCGGACAUACCGUGGGUUUUGGUAAUGACUUGCAAUCCAUUGUCCUUUCAAUACGCCAUCGAUGAUCAUAAACUUCCGCCGACAGCUUUGGGAUUGCCAACAAAUGGUGAUCCAAAUGAAUGGAAUAAAUUAAAGAAAGAAAUAAAUGAAUCCAUUAGUGAUGAAUGGAAUCAAUACAACCAAUGGAUUACAUCAAAAGGCAUACCAAGUCUACAACAAUACAAACUGAUAACUCCUUCACCAUAUCUUAACAUUUAUAUAUUUCCUGAAGAACUUGAUUAUACAGAUAUUAGACCAUUGGCUGAAAAUUUUCAUCGAUUUGAUUACUUUAAAAGAUCGGGUAAUGAGGAAGUGUUUGAAAUACCGGAAAAGUUAGAAAACAAAUCGGGAAAAUUGAUAUAUUUGUCAAUGGGUUCAAUGGGUAGCGGAGACGUUCAACUAAUGAAGCGAUUGAUCUCUAUUUUGGCCAAAUCGCGGCAUCAGUUUAUUGUGUCGAUGGGACAAAAUGGCGAUCAGUACGAGUUAGCCGACAAUAUGUGGGGCCAAAAGUAUUUGCCACAAAUCAAAGUGUUAGCCACUGUUGAUAUGGUCAUCACUCACGGCGGCAAUAAUACUCUGACCGAGACUUUCUAUUUCGGUAAACCUUUUCUAGUGAUGCCCUUAUUCUUUGAUCAGUUCGAUAACGCACAGAGAGUUGAGGAAAAAGGGUUUGCCAUACAAAUGGAUCCAUACAACUGUACUGAACAACAACUUCUGGAUGCAAUUGAGACAACACUGACUAAUGAGAGUUUCAACCAUAAAAUGAUGAAAGCAUCGCAAAGAAUACAAAAAGACAAAAAUUUAAUGAAAUUACCAAAACUUUUACAAAGUCUAGUCAAAUGA